AUGGCGACUGAGCUCAAAGGAAUUUGUACCGUAAUGCAAUUGAGUAAAUUUUCUGAUUUUGAGGGACAAGAUUUGCUGGCAUUCCAAGAUCUGGCGGCACGAUUGGACCAAUCUAGUCGAAGCGUCUCAAGGAUUCCUUUGACUAUGCGACCGCAUCUUCUGCGAGUCUCCCUCCGGACCUUCUCUACACCAAGAUUUGAACCGUUCUUGAAGCACGAGCUAAAGCGACAGAAGCUGCAGUUCUCGGCUUCAUUGCUUGAGAUGGCACUUCCGUCUCGCCUAGUGGGUCCGACUUCAAGUUCAAAGCCGCAGUAUGCGAUGGCCACGCACUCCGCUUCUUCGAUUUUAAGAUGUUUUAUCAUUCAAGUUGGUUGCACAAUGUCAUGGAUUAUUCGACUGGAAUUAAUUCCAUCCCGCAGCGUUCCGUCUGACGUCCUAGAUGAGCGCACAUCAGCUCCACAUGUCUCGCUGGAAGGCAGGAGCACAGAGGCAAGGAAGGCUCUCAUCUUUACAAAGAUGGAAGACUAUGUUCAUGAUUCUACUCCUGCCAUGGCAUCAUGGGUCCUUUGCAAACUUCAGGAAUUUGGAUGGAAGGGUGUCGUCACGGACGACAAGGACUUUUUGGAAUCGGAAGAAAAGCUAUCAGCAUAUGACCUCGUCGUCUUUUUGAACAACUCUGGUCAAAUCUUCGACAAGACGGAAGCGCUCAUGAAGCAUAUUGAGCAAGGAAAGGGUGUCGUUGGAGUUCACGCUGCCAUUGCUGCGUUUCUCAAUGGAAAGGAUGCGUCCGGGGCUACCGUCAUGGAACCAACGUCCGAGAUUUUUCACACCAUCUUUGGGUCACACUUCAAGAAUCACCCACCAGUACAAAAAGGAAAGGUCUCAAUGAACUUCAAGAACGAUCUUGGGCCAAACCUUGUCUCAGUUCCUUCUGAAUUCAUGCACACGGACGAAUUCUUCAACUUUACCAAGAAUGUUUACGAUGAUCCAAGCAUUACAGUCGUUGCGUCAUUGGACGAAAGCACCACUGAUGGCGGCCUAAUGGGAGAACGACAUCCUUUGGCUUGGUACCGGAAUAUUGGCGAACAAAAGGCGCCAGUAUUCUAUUCGGCAUUGGGACACUUUUCACACUUUUACAAUGGAACCGGUGGUGCCGACAGUGAAUAUGUAACCACCAUUCUCGAGGCUGGUCUCCGAUAUUGCUGUGACAACUCAUAG